CAGAGCUUUGUCCAAGCACGUGGGAUUAUUGUCUUGUCUGCCAAAAUGUCUGCUCUCUGCCCUUGCUUCACUCGUAGUAAAACAGUCACUAAGCUGGUUGCUGUCUCAAAUAAAUUCCUCUUGUCAACAGGGCAGUGACCUCAGGCUUUAGCCGGAAAGGCCCAGGAAGUGGGGAGGGACAGUGAGCCAGAUGCUGCUAGGCGAGAGGAUGCUGCCACCCACAGCCCCUUGAGCUCCCUGCAGUGUGGACGGCUCAGCGCAGGACACAGUGGGCUGCUAGGCAAGCCCUGUUUGGGUCCUGCUGGGGUAGUCAGCAGCCUCAGGAAAGGAAUCAUGAUGCCAGGCUGCCCACAUCUCUGGGCCCUGCUGGUCCUGGGCACCAGCUGGGCAGGCUGGGGCAGCCAAGGGACUGAAGCGGCACAGCUAAGGCAGUUCUACGUGGCUGCUCAGCACAUCAGCUGGAGCUACCGUCCUGAGCUCACAAACCUAAGUUUGAAUUCUUCUCCAACUUCCUUUAAGAAAAUAGUCUACAGAGAGUAUGAAGCAUAUUUUAAGAAAGAAAAGCCACAAUCUAGUAUUUCAGGACUUCUUGGGCCUACUUUAUAUGCCGAAGUUGGAGACAUCAUGAAAGUUCACUUUAAGAACAAGGCAGACAAACCUUUAAGCAUUCAUCCUCAAGGAAUUAAGUACAGCAAAUUUUCAGAAGGUGCUUCCUACCAAGACCACACAUUCCCUAUGGAGAAGAUGGAUGACGCUGUAGCCCCAGGCCAAGAAUAUAUCUAUGAGUGGAACAUCACAGAGGACAGUGGGCCCACACAUGAUGACCCUCCAUGCCUCACGCACAUUUAUUACUCCUACGAAGAUCUGAUACAGGACUUCAACUCUGGGCUGAUUGGACCUCUGCUUAUCUGUAAGAAAGGCACUCUAACUAAAGAUGGAGUUCAGAAGAUGUUUGAUAGACAACACGUGCUGCUGUUUGCUGUGUUUGAUGAAAACAAGAGCUGGAACAACUCAUCAUCCCUAAUGUACACAGUCAAUGGCUAUGUGAAUGGGACAAUGCCAGAUAUAACGGUUUGUGCCCAUGACCACAUCAGCUGGCAUCUGAUUGGCAUGAGCUCGGGGCCAGAGUUGUUUUCCAUUCAUUUCAAUGGCCAGGUCCUGGAGCAGAACCAUCACAAAGUCUCAGCUAUCACUCUUGUCAGUGCUACCUCUACCACUGCUAAUAUGACUGUGAGCUCAGAGGGAAGGUGGACCAUCUCUUCUUUCAUCACUAAGCAUUUCCAAGCUGGGAUGCGGGCAUAUCUUAAUAUUAAGAACUGCCCAAAGAAAACCAGGAGUCCCAAGAAACUAACUCGUGACCAGAGGCGGUAUAUUAAGAGAUGGGAAUACUUUAUUGCUGCAGAGGAAGUCAUCUGGGACUAUGCACCGAUAAUACCAGCCAAUAUAGACAGAAAAUACAGGUCUAUGCACUUGGAUAAUUUCUCAAACCAGAUUGGAAAACUUUAUAAGAAAGUUGUUUAUAGACAGUAUCAAGAUGAGAACUUCACCAAACGCAUGGAAAAUACCAACCUAAAAGAAGAUGGGAUUCUGGGCCCUAUUAUCAGAGCCCAGGUCAGGGACACACUCAGAAUCGUGUUCAAAAACAUGGCCAGCCGCCCCUAUAGCAUUUACCCUCACGGAGUGACACUGUCUCCCUAUGAAGCUGGAGUCAACUCUUCCUUCACCUCAGGCAAUAGCACUGUGCUCAGAGCAGUUCAACCAGGGGAAACCUAUGUGUACAAGUGGAACAUCCUAGAGUUUGAUGAGCCCUCAGAACAGGAUGCUCAGUGUUUAACGAGACCGUACUACAGCGAUGUGGACAUCACAAGGGACAUCGCCUCGGGACUGAUAGGGCUGCUACUCAUCUGCAAGAGCAGAUCCUUGGACAAGCGAGGCAUACAGAGAGCGGCGGACAUUGAGCAGCAGGCUGUGUUCGCGGUGUUUGAUGAGAACAAGAGCUGGUACCUUGAGGACAACAUCCACAAGUUUUGUGAAAAUCCUGACGAGGUGAAACGUGACAACCCCAAGUUUUAUGAAUCAAAUAUCAUGAGCACCAUCAAUGGUUAUGUGCCGGAGAGCAUACCCAUUCUGGGGUUCUGCUUUGAUGACACUGUCCAGUGGCACUUCUGCAGUGUGGGGAAGCAAGAUGACAUUUUGACCAUUCAUUUUACUGGACACUCCUUCAUCUAUAACAAGAGACAUGAGGAUACCUUGACCCUCAUCCCCAUGCGUGGAGAAUCUGUGACUGUCACAAUGGAUAAUGUUGGAACUUGGAUGUUAACUACUGUGAACUCCAGUCCAAGAAGCAAAAACCUAAGACUGAGAUUCAGGGAUGUUAAAUGCAUCCGGGAUUAUGAUGCAGACUCAUAUGAGAUUUAUCGGCCUCCAACAGCUACACCCAUGGAUACACGGAAAAUACAUGAUUCUACAGAAAACGCAGAUGAAGAGGAUUUGGAUGAAUCUGAUCAUCUGGCUUCCCUUUUAGGAAUUAGGUCAUUCAGAAAUUCAUCGCUGAACCAGGAGGAAGACGAUGUUAAUCUUACUGCCCUAGCCCUACAGGAUAGCUCUGAGUUAAUUCCUCCAAGCACAAAUAUAGCUGUUGGUUCAAAUUCUUCUACAAAUAAAAUGACUACGGGUAUGAGCAAUAACCUCACAGACCCUUCAGUAACUACUACAGUUGGGUCCCCCCUGGGACCCCAUACUGCUUUAGACAAGGACCCCAUUACUUCUUCUGCUGAAGAGGCCAGCCCUUAUUCCGAAGACCCUAUGGAAAACCACUCACAGUCAAUUAUCACAGGGAUACAGUUACUUCCAUUGGAAGCAAAGCAAUUCAAACGUCAAGAACAUACUGAACAUAAGGUAUCCAAGGCAGGAAGAAACAGCACAACAAAGCAUAGGUUCUUCUGGAAGAAAUUACUAGCAGAUAAAUUUGAGAGACAUGUAAACCAAAAUAAUGCGUCUGCUUCCAGAAUAGAGCACUGGGAGAAGCUUCCUGGUGAUCCCUUACUCUUAAAACAAAAGACUCCAUCCAAGAUCUUGAAUGGGAAAUGGCAUUUGGUUUCUGAGAAAGGUAGUUAUGAAAUAAUCCAAGAUCCUGAUGAAGACGUGACCCCUAACAAAGUGCUAAACAGCUCCCAGGGUGCCUCAAGGCCUGGGGGAGAGGCCACCCUUCUCACAAGCAAGCCUAGAAGCCACAGCAGCCACAGAAAUGUUUCUGGAGUCCCACGAACAUCUCUACCAGUACAGCAGGAUGGACACAGAGGACUGAAGAAAAGCCCCUUUUCCAUCAAGACGCGAAAAAAGAGAAGGGAAGAGAAAUUGGUACAUCAUGUGCUUUUGUCUCCCAGGGGAUUCCACCCUCGAAGGCAGGAAUACGCUACAUUUUCAGACAGAAGACUUGGUCAUUCAUUGUUGCCUCAUGAGCCCAAAGAAACAUCUUUUCCCAUGGACCUCAUUCAGACAUCCCCUUCUGUGAACCUUGACAUGACAGCCACACUUCCUGACCAAAAUCAACAUGUCCCAAAUGACAUUGGGCAGACAAGCUCCCCUCAAGAUCUUCAUCACACAGUUUCCCCAGAGGAACACCAUCCCACAUUCCCUACUCAAGACUCUGAACCAAAACACUCUACUACAGUCUCCAGUCCCAGGUCCUCUCCCCCAGAAGUCACACAGAUGCUUGAGUAUGACCUUAGUCUUGAGUCCUUUCCUACUGACAAUAGUCAAAUGUCCCCUUCCUUGGGACAUGAAAGAGGACAGACAACCACCACAUCAUCAGACCUUGACCAAUUAGCCACCUCCCCAGACCUUGGUCAGGUGACCUCCUCCUGCUCAGACUUUGGCCAGAUACCCCUUUCCCCGGAGUUUGACCAGGUGCCUCUUUCCCCGUGCACAGAACAGAUAACUUCUUCCCCAGACCUUGUUGGCCAGGUGGCCCUUCCCCCAGACCUUGGUCAGGCGACAUACUCAGACCUUGGCCAAAUGACUUCCUCCCCAGAUCUUGGCCAGCAGGCGACUCCAUCUCCAAACAUCAGUCAGACCACCCUUCCUGUACCGUCAUUUCUUCCAGACUUUGAUCAGAUGCACUAUCCUUCCGAGUUUAAUCAGUCAUCACCUCUUCCAGAAUCUGGUCAGGCUUUUCCUUAUCCAGACCUUGAUCACAUGCCAUCUCCUUCAUCUCCUACACUCGAUGAGACUUCUACGUCUAGUGAGUUUAACCCACUGGUUGUGGUGGGUGUCAGUGGAGAUAAUGGAGAUUAUGUUGAGAUUAUUCCAAAGCAGGAGGUCCAGAGCAGUGAAUAUGACUAUUCUGAAACUGAGUAUGUGACGUACGAUGACCCUUACAAAACUGAUGUUAGGACAGAUACCAGCUCCUCCAGAAAUCCCGACAACAUUGCAGCAUGGUAUCUCCUUCGCAGCAAAAAUGGAAACAGGAGAUAUUACUACAUUGCUGCUGAAGAAAUAUCCUGGGAUUAUUCAAAAUUUGCGCGAAGAUUUAGUGACAUGGAUAAUGAAGACACGCAUGAUAUUCCAAAGGAUACUGUGUAUAAAAAAGUAAUUUUUCGAAAGUACCUAGACAGUACGUUUACGAAACGCGAUCCUCAGGGAGAGUAUGAAGAACAUCUUGGCAUUCUUGGUCCUGUCAUUAGAGCUGAAGUGGAUGAUGUUAUUCAAGUUCGUUUUAAGAAUUUAGCAUCCAGACCAUAUUCUCUUCAUGUCCAUGGUCUUUCCUAUGACAAAUCUUCCGAGGGAAAAACUUAUGAAGAUGAAUCUCCUGACUGGUUUCAGGGCGAUAAUGCUAUUCAGCCAAAUGAUAGCUAUUCGUAUGUAUGGCAUGCCACGGAGCGAGCAGGACCCGAAAGCCCUGGUUCUGCUUGCCGGGCCUGGGCCUACUACUCAGCAGUGAACAUGGAAAAAGAUAUCCACUCAGGCUUGAUAGGGCCACUUCUCAUCUGCCGAAAAGGAACACUUCAUAAGUCGAGCAAUAUGCCUGUGGACAGGAGGGAAUUUGUCUUACUCUUUAUGACCUUUGAUGAAAAGAAAAGCUGGUACUAUGAAAAGAAGUCCAAAAGGUCUUGGAGAGUCACCUCCUCAGAAGCAAGAAACUCCCAUGAAUUUCAUGCCAUUAAUGGGAUGAUCUACAACUUGCCUGGCUUGAGAAUGUACGAGCAAGAGUGGGUGAGAUUAUACUUGAUGAACAUGGGCAGCUCCAAAGACAUACAUGUGGUUCACUUUCAUGGCCAGACCUUGCUGGAAAAUGGCACUCAGCAGCACCAGUUGGGGGUCUGGCCCCUUCUGCCUGGCUCAUUUAAGACCCUUGAAAUGAAGGCAUCAAAACCUGGCUGGUGGCUCCUAGACACAGCGGUCGCAGAAAACCAGAGAAUGGGGAUGCAAACACCAUUUCUCAUCAUAGACAAAGAAUGCAAUCAGCCAAUGGGACUCAGCACUGGAACCGUAUCUGAUUCACAGAUCAAAGCUUCUGAGGAGCUAGGUUAUUGGAAGUCAAGAUUAGCAAGAUUAAACAAUGUCGGAUCCUACAAUGCUUGGAGUGUAGAAAAACCUGCUACAGAAUAUGCCCCAAGACCUUGGAUCCAAGUGGACAUGCAGAAGGAGGUGGUGAUCACGGGGAUCCAGACCCAAGGUGCAAAACACUAUCUGAAGUCCUACUAUGUUACCGAGUUCAACGUGGCUUACAGUUCUGACCAGACCCAUUGGCAGAUCUUCAAGGGCAACAGCGCGGGGAAUGUCAUGUACUUUGAUGGCAACUUGGAUGCUUCUACAAUAAAACAGAAUCAUUUCGACCCACCUAUCAUGGCUAGGUAUAUUAGGAUCUCCCCAACUAGGUCCUACAACAGACCUGCUCUUCGAAUGGAGCUGCAAGGUUGUGAGGUUAACGGAUGCUCCACACCACUGGGAAUGGAAAAUGGAAAGAUAGAGAACAAGCAAAUAACAGCUUCCUCAUUUAAAAAAUCUUGGUGGGGAAAUUACUGGGAACCCUGUCUCGCUCGCCUUAAUGCCCAGGGUCGUGUGAAUGCCUGGCAGGCCGAGGCAAACAACAACAAACAGUGGUUGCAAAUUGAUCUGCUCAGAAUUAAGAAGAUAACGGCAAUAGCAACCCAAGGCUGCGUGUCUCUCUCCACUGAAAUGUUUGUGAAGAGCUACAGCAUUCACUACAGCGACCAGGGAGUGAGCUGGAAAGCCUAUAGGCAGAAGUCCUCCAUGGUGGACCAGAUUUUUGAAGGAAAUAGCAAUUCCAAAGGACAUGUGAAGAAUUUUUUCAACCCACCGAUCAUUUCCAGGUUUAUCCGCAUCAUUCCUAAAACAUGGAAUCAAAGUAUCGCACUUCGCUUGGAACUCUUUGGCUGUGAUAUUUACUAGAAAUCAAUAUUCCAAAGGAAGUCUUGUUAAGCCCUCGAGCCAUUUAGAUUGGGCAAUGUAUCUUAUGGUUUUUUUUAAAUGCUAAUGAUUUUCCCCAAUUUCUCUUUUCUUCUACUAGAGAAUAAAAUUUUAUAGAGACAUUGUAUAACUCGCUGCACUACUGAGAUGACAACUAUAUUAUAUCUACAUUAAUUGAAAUAUAGAUGAAAAAUAACAAAGCAACAAGAAAGUGGCUUAUCAGUCAUGAUAUUUAAAAUGCUUGAUUAAAUAAUAUUCAUGUAGUUACCAUGUUUUAUUAUAGCUUUUUAAAAUCUUAUAAAUGUUAAUAAAAAUAUAUUACUUUUUAAAAACCA